AUGGGAUCCGUUUCAAAACUAGUGUAUAUUUUAUGCAUUAUAUACUUCCAAAAGGAAACAAAUGGUUUAACCUGUUUUAGUUGUUUGGGUAUUACACAUCCACGAUUUUGCAAACAUGUAGAUAACUGUCACAGUGGAGAGAUGUGUGGCUUAGAAAAGGUGGUGUAUCCAUCUGGAGAAACAACCUUUAAUGUCGGAUGUUUUCAAUCAAAGACUUGCUAUGAUAACAGUACUCAAUCUACAGUACAUGAAACCUGUCGACAUUGUUGCUCAACAAACAUGUGCAAUGAUAAUGGUUGCGGAGAGAGAGGAUUAACACUGUCGAGAGGACCGAUCUGUUACCAUUGUGAUGGAGCAUUAUCAAUAAAUGAAUGCAAAACAAUAUCAGUUUGUGAACAGAACCAGUUUUGCUAUAUCGAGGAGCUAUUCAGUAUUGGGGAAAGAUUUUACACAACCAAUUGUCAAUACAAAAAUGUGUGUGAUGCUGUGUCCGGUGGUAUGCCCAUAAUAGGCAAAAAACGUAGCUCAAUCAGAAGUCACCUUCGAAGUUCUGCAUGCAGCAGGUGUUGUUCUGAUGAUUUGUGUAAUAUGGAAUGCUGGAAAUCCAACUUAAGUGCAACAACAACUACAAGAACAACAAAAACCACAACAACAACUAAAACUACAGUACAGGCAACUACUUCAACUGAAACAACAAGCAUGGUGACCACAUCACUAAAAGGCGAUCCUCUGGAAUGCUCGGACAUUAAUUUCGUCGAUGAAGGUGUUUACACUAUAUAUCCAAAAGGUGACAGUCGUUCUAAACGUGUGUACUGUAUGAUCCUGAACGGCAAAAAAUGGACGGUUAUUCAAAGACGAUAUGACGGUUCAGUUGACUUUGGAAGAACUUGGAAUGAAUACAAAGAAGGUUUCGGAAUAGUUUAUACAGAGUACUGGCUAGGAAACGAGAACAUACAUUCGAUAACCAAGAAUGGACGUCAUCGCGUGCAUAUUGUUCUCGAGCAAAAAAAUGGUACUAUCAGUUAUGCUGACUAUUCAAUAUUUUAUGUCGGUGAUGAGAGUACUAAAUAUUUGCUUAACGUCACAAACUAUCAUGGUACUGCAGGAGAUUGUCUUGAUAGUGGUCACAUUGACGGCAGAGCAAAUGAAAUGAAAUUUUCAACAACAGGUCAGGAUAAUGAUAUGUCAUCUUCUGACUGUGCUGCACAACGUAAAAGUGGAUGGUGGUACAGUAAUUGUGAACAUUGUGAUCUCAAUGGAAAGUACGGUUCUUAUGGUCCACGCUGGUAUCUUGAUUUACUUGGUUUGGUGAAAAGUUCCAUCAUGAUGAUAACCAAAGUCUGA